AGGCGGUAGCAUACGGUGCCGCCGUGCAGGCGCAUAUCCUUUCAGGCGGCCGUUCCGAGAAGACGGAGGGUCUGCUUCUUCUCGAUGUCACUCCGCUUUCACUAGGUGUGGAGACGGCUGGUGGUGUGAUGUCUGUCCUUAUCGCACGUAACUCAACGGUACCCAUCCAAAAGUCACAGACGUUUUCCACGAAUGCGGACAACCAGCGUAAUGUGGAAAUUAAGGUGUAUGAAGGAGAGCGGCCUCUCGUGACUCAGUGUCAGUGCCUUGGAACCUUCACACUUACCGAUAUUCCGCCCGCACCACGCGGCAAGCCGCGCAUCACCGUAACGUUUGACGUGAACACGGACGGCAUUCUUGUGGUAAGCGCGGUGGAAGAGAUGGGUGGCAAGACGCAUGCGAUCACCAUUACAAAUGACAAGGGUCGUUUGUCAAAGGAUCAGAUCGAGAAGAUGGUACAUGAGGCAGAACAGUUUGCCAACGAGGACCGUCUGAAUGCCGAGCGUAUUGAGGCCCGCAACGCGGUGGAAAACUACACCUUUUCGCUACGUGCCACACUCAGCGAGCCGGAUGUGGAGGCCGGUAUUACUUUGGAGGACCGGCAGAAGAUUCAGGCCGUUGUAAACGCCGCCGCUGCGUGGCUUGACGAGAACCCCGAGGCCACGAAGGAGGAGUACGACGCCAAGAACAAGGAGAUUGAGCAUGUGGCACACCCAAUUCUCUCCGCCUUCUACAUCAAGCGUACGAUGGAGCGGCCGCACGAUCCAUCAACAACGGGAGGGGCGGCUCCGGAGGGGAACGGCGGCGCAGAUGCCCCGCCGCAGCCCACGGAUGUGGACUGA